CCUCACACAGGAAACAGUUUAAACAGAGCUCUGUUCACUUGUUCACUUCCUUUAUUAACAGUUAAACUAGCCAGGAAGUGCAGCACUGGGGUGUUUUUACACAGAGACGCAGUAAGACACUGUUUUAGUCUUUUACAGGUCAGAAAUGUCUCAGAGUGUUUAUGAUGAUCAUCUCUGGAUUGAGGAGCUGAACACAGAAGAUUUAACAGAGAUGGUUGUGGUUUAUUAUGAGAGUGUGGAUGCUGUUAGAGGUCAUGACCCCAACACAGACGCAGAGGAUGCCAACAUAAAGACAACCCUACGAACAAAGAAAAACGAGAGUCACACUGCAGACAGCAGAUUCUACAGACUGACUGCAGUGUGUCUGGGGCUGCUGUGUGUCCUCCUGCUGAUGGCCACCAUAGCACUGUGGAUCAAACUUUACAGCUUAAUGACGUCAAAAGAGCAGUUACAGACCAACCUGACCACAGAGAGAGACCAGUUACAGACCAGUUACACCAACCUGACCACAGAGAGAGACCAGUUACAGACCAGUUACACCAACCUGACCAUAGAGAGAGACCAGUUACAGACACAGAGAGAUGCAUUACAGAAGAGGCUGUCUGAGCUGGAGAAACACAUUAACAACCCAGAAUGGAGCUACUUCAACUACAGUCUUUACUACAUCUCUACUGAGACUAAAACCUGGAGUGAGAGCAGAGAGGCCUGCAGAGAGAGAGGAGCAGACCUGCUGAUCAUCAACAGCAAAGAGGAACAGGACUUUAUUGAGAAGUUUAGAAGAGUUCAGAAGGCUUGGAUUGGUCUGACAUACAAUAAGACAGAGGGUGUCUGGAAAUGGGUGGAUGGCUCAGCACUGACCACUAAGUUCUGGAGAUCUGGAGAACCCAACGGUAAAGGAAAUGAAGACUGUGUUGUAACUGGCCAUGUGUCUGAUCCUGUUCAAAGCUGGGCUGAUUUUCCCUGUGAUAACAAGUUUGUUUGGAUCUGUGAGAAGAGAAUAUUUGAAUAGCUGCAUGUUAACAGUUGAAGCAGCAGUUAUUUAUGUAUUUAAUAACUGUCUGUCUACUAAUAAGAUUUGGCCUGUGUUCUGAUUAUACCUGUUUGUUUAUUUAUAGUAGUGUAAACAGGGAUAAUUCUGAUGUUAAAACAAAGCCCAGCCUGUUUAUGUAACGGGGAGCGAGGAGGCGAACGCACGUGCUGAGAUAAGCGAGAUUCAUUAUG